CUGUCGUUUGGCUAAAUUAGCAGCGAUGAUGUCAUCGGCAGGGGCUGAGAUGAGUCUAUAGAAACCGGCUUCACGCUGCUGCGCGCUCACACUCACACAGACCAGCCAACACACCGAACAUCAUCUUCUCCAGCACACACUCAGACCGAGAGAAUGCAGACUGCACAUCAUAGUCUCACCAAACAGAGACAGCAGCAGGCCAUGGUCCUGAGCAGAGAAGCAAAGGGAGGUCUGAACCUUGGGAAGAAGAUCAGCGUUCCAAAGGAUGUGAUGAUGGAGGAACUGAACCUGAACACCAACAGAGGAUCCAUCAUGUUCCAGGAGCGUCAGAGGAGAGUGGAGAGAUUCACGGUGGAAAACUCAGCUGAGGCUCCCACCUUCACAUAUAACCAAAUCGAGAACCAGAAUGACAUGAUGACAGACAUGCAGGGAGGGAAAGAAAACCUGCUGUAUCCAGUGGCUGGUAAACAAAGCCUCGUCACAACCCUGAAGAACACAGUGGCCAAGAAAGGAAGCCCAAACGUCCUGGCACCAGGCUACUCUGGACCGCUGAGAGAGAUCCCUCGAGAGAAAUUCAACGCCACAGUGAUCCCGAAGUCGUAUUGUUCACCGUGGCGGGAAGCCCUGGGAGGAAGUGAAGAGCUUAUGUCUUCAUUCAACGCUCAGGUAGAGGAACCGCCACAGAAACUCCCGCCAGCGAACUACAGGUGCUUUAACAGAGCCGCGGUGCCAUUUGGAGGUCCUGUGCGCAGUCAGAGGGUGAUUCCUGUUAUUGGGUUUGAAGCUCUGGAGCCUCCAAAUCUUUCUAGCAUGACCUUGGCCACCAUGUCCAAACGACGCAACUUUAACAGAGCCCCGCGGGGAUGGGGCCUCGAAUACUCGCCUGAGUCAAAUGACCUGUGAGCUCGGCACUGAUCCACACCUGUAACAUUAGAGGAAAAGACUGUCGCACCGUAAAGACCUGCGCUUUGCACUUUCAGGCCGUCCCAUAAUGCUCCCUGCAGGAGAAAGGCCAGGGGAGAGCAGCUGGAAGUUUAGAUUUACAUCGUAUAAAAACCAAAAUUAAACUGGGAUAAAGAGGAUCAGGAUGAAGAGAUGGUUUUAGCUCAGUGCUGGAUGAAAGAAGUCUUGUUUGCUCUCCUAAACCAUUAAAGGAAUAGUUUAGUAAAAAUGGCAAUUUCCUGAAAAUGUAAUCCAUCCGUAGAUAUAGAGGAGUUUGUUUGUUUAUGGGAACAGAUUUGAAGGAAUUUAGCAUUCAACAUCACUUGCUCAUCAAUGGAUCCUCUGCAGUGAAUGGGUUCGGUCAAACAGCUGAUAAUUGUCAUUUUUGGAUGAACUACUCCUUUAACAAAGCUAUACAAUAGGAAUCAGUCUAAAUCUUAUAAUUGUAGACAUGUAAUAUGCAAAUAAAUGGUGUUUGGUAGUGUUUUAAGUGUGCAGCAGCGGCCCCUAAAUUGUAUUUAGACACUUUAAGUACAUGGAAACUGUGUUUGACAUUGCAUUAGAUGACUAAAUAUCAAAUACUUAUUGUUUUCACACUGAACACUUUUUGUCAAAUGUUUUUCUUAUAAAAUGUGUUUGUGCAUCUUUUAUAAAAUUAAUGCCACUUGCUUUGAUAUUUUGUAUCUAAUGCAAAAGUGUCCAAAUACUUUUCAGGCUGCUGUGUUUCUUAAAAACAGAGCAGGGGGUACAUUUGAUGAUGGCUAGUUUAAUGUUAACAAAAGAAAACGGUAACGUAGACUUUCAAUAAAAAGUACUUGUUUUCGAA